AUGUAUAAUUUAAUUUUGUUUGUUUUUAUAAUAUUAGGAGGUAAAUAUUCCCUACCAUGGAGGCUAAAAUCUGCCCAUAAAUUAUCUUACACAAUACAUAAAAUCAGGGGAAAGGGAUUCAACUUGAACUCAGAACCUAAAGAUUCCUCAGAAUACAAGCCUAAAGAUAUUGAACAAACCGAAUAUGAUGAAGAAGGAUGGUUAAUGGACCUGAACACAAAAAACGUUGAGGACGUUUUUGACCUGAUUCGGCCUCAGUUAUCUUCAGAUGGAGGAGGAAUUAAUUUAUGUAAAAUAGUUGACAAUGAAAUUUAUGUUAAAUUCACUGGAUCGUGUGUAGGAUGCCCUUAUAGGUCUACAACCCUGAAGGAACUUAUAGAAAGUAACCUAGUUAAAUUUAUCAAAUCGCCAAAUGAGAAUCCAAUAACUGUAAAAGUUGUUCAAGAAAAUUAA